AUGAUCCAAGCACGGUACCUUGAGGCCAGGGUAGACCACCAUCACACUUGGCGGGACUGCCGGGGUCGCGAAUCGCCCAACGAGUUUGGGGCGGUUUGGAGUGGCGCGAGCCGGGGGUUCGCUGGAAUGACUGAUUCCCUGACGCCGAAGCUCAGGCUGAUGCUGGAGCUCAGGAAAGUGAGAGUCGAGGGCACCUUGGUGGUGUUGAGCCAGGAGCGAAAAUGGAAACGAUUUGCCGAAGAGCCUUGGGCCAGCCCGGCAAACGAGAACCCGCAGGUCCGGGGCAGGGCGGGUGCAAGGCCGCUGACUCAGUGA